CGAAGUUGAGGGAUCAAAGCUUUCUUCGAAAGGGAAAGGGUUGAGUGUGGAAGGGGACAGUCAAAGCUGGCAUUUUUUUCUCCCAAUUUUGAAAUUUUCGGGUCCUUUUGAUCUUCCCCCUUAUUAAUUUCGCUGCAGAACACAGGGAAGGAUAAAUUUUUUGCAGAAGGAUUGAGGGUUUUCUCUUCUUCUGCAAUCUUCCUCCUUUAUUGAUAUAUAUUUUCACAAGUUGAGGAAGAAGAAGUUGAUGCUCGCAGAAGGAUGGAACCUUCCCGUUCUCUUUUCCAGGAAAAGAAGCAUUGGUGGAUGAUGAACAGGAAGAUCGUUAACAAACACAUUCGCGAUGCGCGUUCUCUCAUCGCAACGCAGGACCCAAACGCCGUUUCGGCGGCGAUUGGAGUCCUCGACGGCGUUCUCGCCCUAUCCCCGCGGCUUGAGGCGGCACUAGAGCUCAAAGCAAGGUCUCUUCUCUUCCUUCGCCGGUUCCGGGAGGUCGCCGAUAUGCUUCAGGAGUAUAUCCCGAGUUACAGAGUUUGCUCCGCCGCUACCGGCGACGAGUCGUCGAGCUCGCUCUCCUCCUCCGGUAGCGGGAGAGUUGUUUGGGAAAGCCGCGAGGGCGCUAAGUUGCUUCCUAAAUGUGAGGAUGGUGACGGUGGCUCUCGCUGCUUCUCUCUCCUAGAUAUAAAGCGGAAGGUCAUCGCCGGAAUCCACCGCGCCUGCGACCGUGAAGGGCAAUGGAGAUAUCAUAUUUUGGGCCAAGCGUGCUGCCAUCUGGGCCUUCUAGAAGACGCUAUGAUCCUCCUCCAAACCGGCCGCCGUCUAGCUUCCGCCUCCUCCCGCCGCCAAAGCACCUCGCACUCCGACGACACCUUCAGCUUCUCCCCCUUCCUGCCCCCAUUCCCUUCCACCAACCCUAAAACCAAUACCAAUCUUAUGACCUCCAAGUCUCCCUCUUACUUCUCCGAAUCGGCUUCCACCCUUCUCCCCCACAUCAAACUCCUCCUUCGCCGCCGCGCCGCCGCCACCUCUGCCCUCGACGCCGGUCACCCCAACGAAGCCGCCCGCCACUUCUCCAAAAUCCUAGAAACCCGCCGCGGCACUCCCCACCCCUUCGCCACAUCCUGCUUAAUCGGCCGGGCCGCCGCUUAUCGGGCCGCCGGCAGGGUCGCCGAAUCCAUCGCUGAUUGUAACCGCGCUCUCGCCCUGGACCCGACCUCCAUCCCAGCUCUCCUCACUCGCGCAGACCUUCUCGAAUCCGUCCGUUGCCUCACCGACUGUCUCCGCGACCUCGAUCAUCUCAAACUACUCUACGACACCAUUAUCCGCGACAGGAAGCUCCCCGGCCCGGUCUGGCGGCCAUUGAACGGCGAGAUCCGUUACCGUGAUGUACCGAGUAGUCUCCGAGCUCUUACGGCGAGGAUAAACGGGAUUCGGCAGAGGUUCGCCGCGGGGGAGGGGAAUAAUGUGGAUUAUUACAAACUGAUUGGAGUGAGAAGAGGGUGUUCGCGGUCGGAGCUGGAGAGGGCAAAUUUGGUUCUUUUAUUGCGGCAUAAGCCGGAAAAGGCCGGGGCUUUUGUCGAUAAGCUUGAUUUCUCCGACGAGGACUUGGAUGUGGACGCGGUGAGAGAUCAGGCGAGGAUGUCGGCGUUGAUUUUGUAUAGGAUGUUGCAGAAAGGAUAUUCCUGUAUCAUGGCGACGAUUGUGGAAGAUGAGGUUGUGGAGAAGAAGAGGGCGGUGGCGGCGCCGCCGGUGUAUCAGGGGGUGUUUUGCCGGGACAUGGCGGCGGUGGGGAGUAUGCUGUCGCGUGGUAUUUCGGUGAAGUACGAGGGAUUGAGCUGUUGAAGGAGAAAAUUUUGAAUUUGGAGAUCUUCGUUGUACAGUCUGGUCUUUGUGGAGGUGGUGGAUUUAUUGGGGGAAAUUUUGUUCAUGUUUGUUACUCUUCUUUCAAAGUCUUGAACUUUAAUAUUUUGGUAUUCUUA